GGGUUGGCGGGCGGCGAGUGGGAGAGAGGGAGGAACACAGUCCACCCGGCACCCCACCCACCUCAGUGAUCCCCAGUGAGUGCGAGGGAAAGCAUCCUCCGCCCCAAGUCCUGUUUCCUCCCUCCACCCCUCCGUCAAAUUCCACUCGAGGGCGAGACUGGCAAAGAAGGUCAGAGGAGGCCGCUGUGGAGGCCGGUAACCAAACACACGACCUCUUGGAAUGUCAUCCCUAGAGCCGAACUGGACACCGAGAGCAGAGUGAGGCGCAGCCGGACUUGGCGGCAGAAAGGUUGCAGCAGCAGCAGCAGCAGCAGCAGCAUCCGCAACUGGAAUACCAAAUGAUAUAUGGAGAAGGAGGAGGCUAGAAAACAGCUUGUUUGAAGUGACUUACCGACGUUCCCAAGUUGUCCUUCUGGUGACUUGGAGGGAACUCUCUACCAGGCGAGAGGAACGUCAAGCCCUGCCCCAGACCAUGGAAGGGGGAGUUUUAGCUGGCAGGCCCACAGGGACCCUCCUUCGUGGCUGCUACUUAAAGGAACACAACUUAUACUAACAGAGUGCAAGUGACUCAGAAUAUUGCUGUAAUUGUUAGACACACUUUUGGAUGAUUCAAAACAACGACACCAAAGAUUUUCUUCAGUCUGACGGAAGACAGACACAGGAAGAGGCGAUAUCAUAAAUCGUCUCUGAAAAGUGGAAGUUUCUUCAACUUUGUGAGCGUUCUGUGAAUCAUUGAUCGGGUCAACUGACUGUGACACAAACAGGUGGACAAACCUCUGACGAAAUACAUUCAGAGCGGCCGCUGUGUGUCGCGAGAAAGGUCACCCUCCGCGAGCCUCUUUUCCGCAUUUUAAUAAGCAACAGUGGUACGCUGCCAACAACAUCUCUAGUCCUUUCCUCCUACAUUUCCGCAUUCUCAGGCCUCGCGCUCCCCUCCCCGGCAGCGUUUAUAGGGCCGUGUGUCGCCCUACCCCCUCCCAGCCACGCGGGAGAGCCUGAGUGCCGCGCGUCCCCUGAGUACAAAGAGGCAAAGCAUGUCUCACUGGAGCAAAAUUACAACUGAACUUAAGUUUUCCUCCCUAACUAUUAAAGAAAACUAAGAAAAUAAAGUUUCAGCAAUUGCAGGCUGGAGUUACUGCCGUAACCACACAAAUAUCAACAACAAUCAAGACAACUUAUAAACGCGGCACCACAGCUCUACUUGGACACCAGGUGAAGAGCGAUACGCGAGAGUGAGAGAGAGAGAGAGAGAGAGAGAGAGAGAGAGAGAGAGAGAGAGAGAGAGAGAGAGAAAAAAACUGCAAAGGAAAUUCACAAGUAAGACCGAAAAGUUGCAUCGAGUCCUCUCUUCGUGGACGUUCCCCCUCAACUUAUACUGUAGUCCUCAAAAGUUCACUUUCACCUGAAUUCAACUCAGCUCCAGGCCCUCCCAUCCCUUCCCUUCCCUUUCCCUUCCCUUCCCUUUCCCUUCCUUUCCGUCUCGCCCAGCCACGCCGUGUCCGCCUCGCGCCCCCACCCACCAUGGCGAGCAAGCGAGUGGACUGGGGCCGCUUCGGUCUGGCUUCUGACGCUGAACGGGAGGCCUCCGAGACCACCCGCCUGAAGGACCCGGCGCUGGAGGAGGGUUACUACGGAGGCCAGGACGCCGAGCUGUUUGCUGAGGAAAAGGGCGACGUGCCGUGGUGGAAGAGCACCUUCUUCGUCAGCGAGCGAGUGCUGUUCGGGACGUGGGAUGGCGUGUUCACUUCGUGCUUCGUCAAUUUGUUGGGUGUGAUCGUCUUCCUGCGCGCCGGCUGGGUGGUGGGCGAGGCGGGCGUCCCUCUGGCAGCCCUCGCCAUCCUCGUCUCAGUGGUGGUGGUGCUGACCUCUGUGGUGUCAGCGGUGGGAAUUUGCGAAAGGACGAGGAUGGAGAGUGGAGGUAUUUAUUUCCUCAUCUCUCACGUGCUGGGGUCGCAAGUGGGCGGCUCCGUGGGACUCGUGUACUGCUUUGGACAGACCGUGGGCAUCUCCCUCUGCGUGACUGGGUUCGGGGAGUCGAUGGCUAAGCUGCUGGACCUUCGCUGGAUGUGGGCGGAGGAGGCAAUGGGCGCUGCGGCUCUGCUCCUGCUGGCGCUGAUUAACGUGGCGGGCGUCAAGUGGGUGGUAAAAGUGCAGUUCCUCCUCCUCCUGUUGGUGCUCCUGGCGGUCAUAGACUUCCUGGUGGGGAGUUUCCUCAAGCAUCCAGAAGAGGCUGGAGUGACGGGGUGGUCUGCGGUGACCUGGGCCAACAACACCAGGCCAGGCUACACGGAGGACAACAGCUGGUUCACGGUGCUGGGCGUGUUCUUCCCCACCGUGACGGGCAUCAUGGCGGGCAUCAACAUGAGCGGCGACCUGCGGCACCCCGCGAGGGACAUUCCUGUCGGGACACUUUCCGCCCUCGGCCUCAGCACGGUGCUGUACCUGAUGUUCGCAGUGGUGCUGGGCGCCACCGUGGAGCGCAAGGUGCUGCUCACAGACUACAUGAUCACCGAGAAGGUCUCAGCGCUGGGCGUGUUGCUGCUGAUCGGACUGUACACCACCACACUCUCCUCAACCCUCGCCUCCUUGUACGGCUCCCCCCGCGUGCUGCAGUCCAUCGCUGGCGAGAACGUGGUGCCCUUCCUCUCCCCGCUGGCCAAGGGGAAGGGACCCAACAAGGUGCCGGUCAUCUCCCUGGUGGUGACGGUGGUGGUGACGCUGGUGUUCCUGAUGGUGGGACGCAUCAACACCUUGGCGCCCAUCGUGACCAUGCCCUUCCUCGCCACCUACGCCACCAUCGACUACGCCUACUUCGCCCUCGCCAUGACCGCCGACAUGCAGAGGAAGAGGGAGGCCAGAUUCAGGGGCCAGGCCUUCGGGACGCCAACCUUCGAUUCGCGGGGGACUGGCGGCAACACAGAUCUGGACCAUCUCUUCCCCGAGAGAAUCACGCACAAAAAGGUCAUCACGACGGCGGCCAGCUCGGGCACCUCCAGCGUGGUGUCUUCCCCCGACGAUCACUCCAGCAUUAAGUCAGACGAAGACCACCUCGGCAAGGAGGAAGGUGGCGUAAGCAGCAGUGUGACCAGUGAGGGAGGAGCACCGUCCCCCGGCGGCGUAGGGGGCGUGAUGGGCAUCUCCAGCAAACCCACGCAGUGGUACUACCACCUGUGCAACCGAUGGCUGUCUCUUCUUGGCGUAGGGGUGAAGCUGGCCAUGAUGCUUUGUGUGCACUGGGCGUACGGCCUGGCCACUCUGCUCAUCAUGCUGCUCAUCUACGUGUACAUCGGCCAGGCAGCGCCGGGGGGACCUCCUGGUAUCGCGACUGAAUUCGUGUUCCUUCUGUGGAUCAAGAACAAAUUUCUCGCUUGCGUCGGGCAGCGGCCGUCGGAAUAUGACCAGGUGGUGGUGACGCCGCUGCACCCCGGCGUAGAGGUCACGGCCAAUCAGCUCACUGAGGAGAACGAGGAUUUCGCUGCAAGGUCCCGCUACCACCAGUCAGCUCCGGGUGGGGCGCUCCCUGAUAUGCCCAAGCCUGAGUGAAGCCCUGACCCGCCUCACACUACCUCGCCUCACCUGUAGGCCAGCAGAUGCACCUGGUCAGCUAAAUUACAGACGCCCGUAUCACCAAGGGUUGAUCUUCAUUACUGACAUCACAAAAAUCCUUUCAAUGGGAGGAAAGAUGUCACAAAAAACAUCAUCAUCACCUGCAUUCUGUUCCCCUUUCCUUCAGCAACAAUCCCGGUGAUAUAAACAUACACGGAACCACGAAUCACUAACUACUAACGAACUACGCCACGCCUCCCUCGCGCUGUUCAAGUCUCAUAGAGUGAAGGCUUCUUAGCACGUCGUCCACAGCGCCACAACAGCGUCCCUUUGCUAUUAUAGUGUGUGUAUAAUUGUUAUCAUCGACGAGAGGGAGCCUAGUCCAUCGAAUCCGUAGAGAUAGACGGUGAUUUAUUUCAAAUAAUAGAGACUCACAUCCCCGCUCCCCGCCCCUUCACUCAUUGACCAACUCUCUGCCUAUUGACUCCCAUAUGCCAAACACGAAUUCACUAAUGCAGAAAGUUACAUUCACACUCAUUCGUACAUACAUUCACACCAAGGUUCCCUCUCUUGCUCAUAUCCCGACAUAAGCUGAGUGUGUCAUUUGCCUCUGAAGCCAACACGUGAAGCCAAGCGAGGUGAGAGGAACGGGGAACUUGAAUGAGUGAAGAAGGAAGGUUUGUGCGAGUAAUUAACUGGUAUGGGAAGGACAGAUGAAAAAAAAAAAAAUCAUGAGGUGUGUGACUAUGUACUGUAGUACAUUAUCAUUAAUUUCUUUACUGUAUUCACUUCGCAUACAAUAUACGAUAUGCGUACACGCUACAACAACAACAACAACAACAACAACUACUACUACUACUACUACUACUACUACUACUACUACUACUACUACUACUACUACUGCUACAUUAUGAUGAUGCUAAUGAUGAUGAUGAUCGUUCUUUGUAUGAAAUCAGUAUGUUCGCCCAGAAAAAAAAAAAAACACUGAAUGACGUGUAUGUUCGUAAAUUAUGUAUUUCAAUCUCAAAGCCUUUACAAAAAGACGUACCUACAGCGUGAGGACGUAGGACCAUCACACACACACACACACACACACACACACACACACACACACACACACACACACACACACACACACACAUCCAGUACGCACAAAUUAGCUUACAUUAGUACGGAACUUCAAAAUCUUUACGUAUUUACUUGCUUAUUAACUAAUCGAUCUUAUUUGUUUUAUACUACUUCAUGUUACUUUAUUCCAUUAAGUGUAUUUUUUUACUUAUGAUAUUUAGGUAAUUAAUGAAGAAUCUUGUAAUUAAUUUAUUUAUUAUCUUAUUGAAUUAUGUUAUUUACUCUGUCUUAUAUAUUUAUGUAUUGAUUUAUCGUCUGUUGCGUGUGUAAAGUUCCCAGUGUGGGAAGGUAGACAGGUGAUCACAGGUCCUAUCCUUCCUCCGUGGUGGCUACGCUGCGCCUCUGAUCUCAUCCAUUAAAACUCACCAAUCAGCCUCAGAUGUCUGGACGGCUUGAUUAGGACUGGUCUGCUGUGCUGCGUGAUGCGUGGAAUCAGAGCGGGACAGUCUGUUUAUAUGAAGAAAACACAAUUAUGAGUGUUCUAAUGUUUCAUAUUUCCUUAUUGAAUUCCUUAAUACUUGGCUCUCGUAAGGGACAAAUAUUCAACUUUUUUUUCUCUGACUGAAAUCUAGCGGGUUUGAGGGGGGGGCUUCGUUCUGAGUGUUCUGUCAACCAACGGGUAUCGCUCAUCUGAGUGUUCCGACAAUUUAUCUUUGGAAACCUUGCUCUUCAAUGUUUGUGUUACGUGUUUCUACUAAAUCGCUAAAAGGCUGCUCCUGUCGCAAGAAUCAAAGGGAGAAAGACUACGUAGAACAAGAGACGAACCUAUGCCAUGCUCUUCCAUGCAGCAGUGAGUUCCGCCUCUCCUCCGCAUGCUGGUUUGUGCACCACCCGCUAAGGUGUUCUUACGUCACUACCAAACGGAAAUGCGUUGGUUAAUCUGAAUGGUUAGUCUCUUGUUCAAUAGGUGAGGGGAGAUCAGUCAUUAGCGUUUCGAAAAUAUAAAUUUGGCGGUAACAAGGCUGGUACGAUGGUACGAUGGACAGUUUGUGCAAGUGCGAAUGUCUUAGAACUGCGGCUUGUUAAGACAGAACUCAAGUAAUGGACCACCGUCCAAAGAAUUCGAGCGCAACCAGGGACGCUUACACGAUUCCCCGGCAGCCACACUCGUCAGGUGCGGAUGCUGCCUCUCCAGGGCACGACAACCUCAACACCUGAUUUUGGCGGCCAGUAAUGACAGCUCAUUCGCACAGGGAGCUCACGUGGCGCCAUUUAAGACCGAAUGCAAUUUGUAAAUACCUGCCUAUUAAUUAUCUGUAUGUGCUGACAGUAGUUGCAUGAACACUCACAUAGUGAACAUAAACUGUGGUGUUCCUGACGCACGCAUUGCUCAGCCGCGAAACAGGUGCCCGGGCCUAGGGCCAGCGCUCAACGCCCAGAAUAUCACUCACUCCCUGGCGACUCACAACAAACACUUGCCAUUCUGAAGGUAUUCAUGCUACUAAACAAUCGAAUCGCUAGCAAAAGUCAAAACAAAUUCAUCUAAACAUUUUUCAAUGAUAUUCCUCACAGUGCUGUACUACUUGAUGUGUCGCAACUUUGUCCCUGUCUGUGUUCUUGAUGGAGUAGACAAACACUCGCUGUCCGCCUCGCGUUUCACUACGAAGAUGAAUGGGACGAGGCGGCUCGGACCUGUUCAGGGUGGAAAUGGAGGGCGGCCUGGCUCGCUGCCCCGCCGCUUGUGCCCCGUAGUAGCGCCUCCCGUGUAGCUGGUCAAUGUUCAGUGUUGUGCGCGGCGCCCGGCCCAUCACUCUGCUCUGUCUAUAACUUGUAGCCCAUCUAUUAAAACAUCUAUUCUCUUGGGACUUUACGCCCCUGGAAGCUGGGGCCCAACCUAAUGUGUCGUGCCUGAGUCUCUGGUUGAGAACACUUAUCAGCUCCCUGGAGACUCGCAGCUCCCUUCCCGCCGCCACUCGGGCCCGCGCCAGUAGUUUAGAGUGAGUGUGAGAUACCAAAAUUAAAAAGAUACUGUUUACAGAUGAAUAUAUAUGUGUUAUAUAUAUAUAAAGAUAUGUGCUAUACGGAUUUAUUUAAUGUUCUUGAAAGUUGUCUUAUAUUAUAAUCAAUAAAUAUUUUUAUAUAUUA